AUGACUUACAACUUUCUCUUACAUGUUUUGUUGAGUGUGACGUACAACUUUGUCUUACAUGUCUUGUUGAGUGUAACCUACAACUUUGUCUUACAUGUCUUGUUGAGCGUGACUUACAACUUUGUCUUACAUGUCUUGUUGAGCGUGACCUACAACUUUGUCUUACUUGUCUUGUUGAGUGUGACCUACAACUUUGUCUUACAUGUCUUGCUGAGUGUGACGAACAACUUUGUCUUACUUGUCUUGUUGAGCGUGACCUACAACUUUGACUUACAUGUCUUGUUGAGCGUGACGUACAACUUUGUCUUACAUGUCUUGUUGAGCGUGACCUACAACUUUGUCUUACAUGUCUUCUUGAGUGUGACCUACAACUUUGUCUUACAUGUCUUGUUGAGCGUGACGUACAACUUUGUCUUACAUGUCUUGUUGAGUGUGACCUACAACUUUGUCUUACUUGUCUUGUUGAGUGUGACCUACAACUUUGUCUUACAAGUCUUGUUGAGUGUGACCUACAACUUUGUCUUACAUGUCUUGUUGAGUGUGACCUACAACUUUGUCUUACAUGUCUUGUUGAGUGUGACCUACAACUUUGUCUUACUUGUCUUGUUGAGUGUGACCUACAACUUUGUCUUACAUGUCUUGCUGAGUGUGACGAACAACUUUGUCUUACUUGUCUUGUUGAGUGUGACCUACAACUUUGUCUUACAUGUCUUGUUAAGUGUGACCUACAACUUUGUCUUACUUGUCUUGUUGAGUGUGACCUACAACUUUGUCUUACUUGUCUUGUUGAGUGUGACCUACAACUUUGUCUUACAUGUCUUGUUGAGUGUGACCUACAACUUUGUCUUACAUGUCUUGUUGAGUGUGACAUACAACUUUGUCUUACAUGUCUUGUUGAGUGUGACCUACAACUUUGUCUUACAUGUCUUGUUGAGUGUGACCUACAACUUUGUCUUACAUGUCUUGUUGAGUGUGACGUACAACUUUGUCUUACUUGUCUUGUUGAGUGUGACGUACAACUUUGUCUUACAUGUCUUGUUGAGUGUGACCUACAACUUUGUCUUACUUGUCUUGUUGAGUGUGACCUACAACUUUGUCUUACAUGUCUUGUUGAGUGUGACCUACAACUUUGUCUUACAUGUCUGGUUGAGUGUGACUUACAUCUUUGUCUUACAAGUCUUGUUGAGUGUGACCUACAAAUUUGUCUUACAUGUCUUGUUGAGUGUGACCUACAACUUUGUCUUACAUGUCUUGUUGAGUGUGACGUACAACUUUGUCUUACUUGUCUUGUUGAGCGUGACCUACAACUUUGUCUUACAUGUCUUGUUGAGUGUGACCUACAACUUUGUCUUACAUGUCUUGCUGAGCGUGACCUACAACUUUGUCUUACAUGUCUUGUUGAGUGUGACCUACAACUUUGUCUUACAUGUCUUGUUGAGUGUGACCUACAACUUUGUCUUACAUGUCUGGUUGAGUGUGACUUCCAUCUUUGUUUUACAAGUCUUGUUGAGUGUGACCUACAAAUUUGUCUUACAUGUCUUGUUGAGUGUGACGUACAACUUUGUCUUACAUGUCUUGUUGAGUGUGACCUACAACUUUCUCUUACAUGUCUUGCUGAGCGUGACCUACAACUUUGUCUUACAUGUCUUGCUGAGUGUGACGAACAACUUUGUCUUACAUGUCUUGCUGAGCGUGACCUACAACUUUGUCUUACAUGUCUUGCUGGGUGUGACUUACAACUUUGUCUUACAUGUCUUGUUGAGUGUGACCUACAACUUUGUCUUACAUGUCUUGCUGAGUGUGACGUACAACUUUGUCUUACAUGUCUUGUUGAGUGUGACCUACAACUUUGUCUUACAUUUCUUGUUGAGUGUGACCUACAACUUUGUCUUACAUGUCUUGUUGAGCGUGACCUACAACUUUGUCUUACAUGUCUUGUUGAGCGUGACUUACAACUUUGUCUUACAUGUCUUGUUGAGUGUGACCUACAACUUUGUCUUACAUGUCUUGUUGAGUGUGACCUACAACUUUGUCUUACAUGUCUUGUUGAGCGUGACGUACAACUUUGUCUUACAUGUCUUGUUGAGCGUGACGUACAACUUUGUCUUACAUGUCUUGCUGAGCGUGACCUACAACUUUGGAAUUGUGUAUGAGCAAAAGGUUGAUCAAUUCGUUUACAAAAUGUAUUAA